UUCAUUGAAACUAUUAAGGGAAUAAUUUGCCAUUCAGGAGAUGUACCUUUUCCGAAGACGUGUGAUGAAUUCGCGAACCGAACGGAUCAAGUCAAAACUAUUUAUAUCAAUAACAACCCUAUUGAUGUGUACUGUCAAUACGGUACUUCCGGAGCUUACACACCUGGAAAAGGAAAUAACUUCUGGCUUGGACUCGACAAUAUGGUUGCUUUAACAUCUCAAGGCAAUUAUGACCUCAUAAUUGAAGUCUGUUGUGGAGGAACCAAUUCAAUUCAGUUUUACAGGAAUUUUACGGUAACUGCAUGGACUUUCUUGAAUCUUACUAGGCUCCACAAGAACUUUAAUGCCUUGACAGACCAAAACUUCUGCCGAAACGGUCCGCCAAGUUGGCGUUCCGGAAUAUGCCGUGCAUUUGACUUCGCGUAG